AGCCGCCCCUUGUUCCCCUCCCCCGAGUCUGCAUCUCCCUCCCUUCCCCCCGCGCGGCGGCGCGAGAUCCGGGCGGGCGGGAGCGGGAUUCAGCAGGCGGAGGACGAGGACGAGGAGAUGGGGGUCAAGGAGGAGGACGGCGACGAGGAGGAGGAGGAGGAGGAGGAAGACGACGGCUGCUACUACAUGGACCCGUGCCCCGUGCCCGUCGCGUCGCCGGCUGGCAGCGGCGUCGGCGGGAGGGCCAACUAUGGGCGGCGGCGCGCGCGCGAGGAGAAGGAGCGGACCAAGCUGCGGGAGCGGCAGCGGCGCGCGAUCACGGGGCGGAUCCUGGCGGGGCUGCGCCAGCACGGCAACUACAGCCUCCGGGCGCGCGCCGACAUCAACGAGGUGAUCGCGGCGCUGGCGCGCGAGGCCGGCUGGGUCGUCCUCCCCGACGGCACCACCUUCCCCACCUCCUCCCCGCCCCCCGCCGCCGCCGCCGCGCAGGUCGGUCCCCCCCUCCCUCUCUCUGCUGCUUCCUUCUCAGUCAGUCCACUCGGUCAGGCUCUCGAUUUGGGACGAAGGGAAUGAAGGACAACGAAUGGCGUGUGAACUGGCAGCUGGCCACUGGCUCUGCUGCCCGGCUGGCAAAGGGUAAAGCAGCGCGUGCGAGUAGCUAUCCCGCCGCCAUUUAUGACGUCACAAAUGAACACCUGCGGGUCCGAAUCAGAUGUGAUAAAUAAAUAAGGCCAAUUUCAAUAAAAAUGACGUAAUAAGUAAGUAUUAAAUUUAUUGAUAUGGUAAAAUUAUUAUGAAGUGAGGAGGCCUCAUGGGAUCCGAGGGAAGUGCCGUCAACAUAACGUUUAUUCGGCUCGAUUACCUAAUUUAUCAGAAUUAUGCAAUAACACUCCCACUGAGGUGAUAAAAUUUAAAAAAGAGAAAUACCAUAUUUGAUUACAAAAUA